AACCUAAACCAAGAAGCAGAGGAUCUAGUAGAGUGGGUAGGCAACCAAAACCUUUCUCUUCUAAAUACUCUAGGGACUGGCACCUUUUUUGGAGUAAAUAUGCCGCAAGAAAGCGUACUAGAUCUUACUUUUGCAACUAAUAAUAUAGCUGCCAAAAUCCAGGACUGGCAAACUAUACCAAGAGUUGGAUCAGACUACCACGCAAUCCUUUUUAGUAUUAAAAGCCUAGGCCAGCUACCUAGCUAUACACUUAAUAAAGAAGUCAACAACCAACAGCUAGAGGCACAACUACUAGACCUACCUCACACCUCUAGCUAUUUAUCAAAAAAGAUCCUAUUAGGUCAGGAUAACUCCCUAGUAGAGAAACUAGAGAAACUAGGAGAAGAUAUUACAACAGUAGUACAAACAGCUCUAAAAGAAUCCACCCUACUAUGGACUAGUGAGCUAGAUAACCUAAAGUCGGAUCAAAACAGAGCUUUUCGAUGGAAAAAAGAGUAUCUUAUUGCAAAAUACAGAUAUCUAAAAGAUAUUAAAAAAGCUGAGCUUAACCACUGGGAAACCUUCCUACAAAAGGAGACGCUAAAAGAGAUAUUUAAAGCUAUGGCCUAUACAAAAGACAACCUAUCUAUAAGGAUACCUGCUAUUAAAGGCAAGGAGACCUUUAGAGAAAAAUGCCAAGCCUUUAGAGAAGAUCUCUUCCCCCCACCACCAUCUACUCUAGCCCCACUACUAAAUACCUACAAAGGAGAUAGCAGAUGGGAGUGGCCAGCUUUAACAAAAGAAGAGCUCGAAUUCGCCUGCGUAAGCGUAAAAGCUACCUCGCCAGGACUAGAUUUAAUCAGCUAG